GCUGCUGUAGGUGGUAGUUUGAAUAUCCGGCUGUGUCGCUUUCCAAGUAUUGUGUUACCAAAUUUUAUUUUCGAUCGACCGUGUUAUACCGCGGAAAGCGUAAUGAAGCUGGCAUUUGUAACUGGGUCAAACAAGGGCAUUGGGUAUAGCAUUGUUGAGAAGCUUGCAGAAUUUUAUAAAGCAUCAGGAGAAUGGGAUAUUUAUCUAACAGCUCGAAAUGUUGAGCUUGGUCAGGAAGCGGUGAAUAAGCUCAAUAACAAGGGUCUAAAUGUUAAAUUCCAUCAACUAGAUAUAACGGAUCCGGAUAGUCGAAAAGCAUUUCUAAAAUUUGUAGAGAAUACCUAUCCUAAUGGAAUCAACAUUGCAGUGAAUAAUGCUGGGAUUGCCUACAAGGUCGAUUCCAUGGCUCCUUUUAGCGAGCAAGCUCGAGUUACGGUAAAUACUAACUUUACAUCAACUGUUGAUUUUACGGAGGAGUUCAUUCCUCUACUGGCUAAACAUGCUAGGGUUGUUAAUGUAUCAAGCGUUGCUUCUUUGACGUGUCUCAAGAAACUUAGUAAUGAUCUGUACGAAAAAUUCAUUAGUUCAAUAAAUCUUCUGGAACUCAGGCAACUUGUCUUAGAGUUUGUAAAGUCUGCGGAGGAUGAUACCUAUUCUGAAAGAGGCUGGCCAUCAACUGCAUAUGGUGUGUCCAAAAUGGGCCUUACAAAGGCUUCAUUUAUUUCGGUGAAAUGCUGAAAGACGAUUCGAGAGGGAUUGUGAUAAAUUCGUGUUGUCCUGGCUUUUGUGAUACUGAUAUGUCUAGUCACAAGGGAACGAAGAUAGCUGAUGAGGGUGCUGAUACUCCAUUUUACUUGGCCACUUUACCUAAUGGAUCGAAGGAACCAAUAAAUCAAUUUGUUUACGAAAGAAAGGUGGUUAAGUGGUCUAAAUAACCCUUGAGUUAUUUUACAUAUCUCAAAAACCUAAACCGAAUCUUAUUAGUCUGUUUUCUGUCAACAUUUGUAAUGAUAAUGACUAGUUUUAGUUUUAUUAUGUUUCAACCGGAAUCGCAAUAUUUCCCAAAUGUAAUCCCUCUGCGAAUAGAUAUGGUUCCUAUUUUUUAUUAUUUUGCCGCUGGGUGCAUUCCAUGUUGUCCUUGGAUAUGUAGUGUUUUGAGUCUAUCCAAUUCAUUUUGAUGGGAUUUGUCCGCAUGUAAACAGUUCACUGCGGUCUAUCCAUUUGAGUACGGUGUAUUUUAUUUUUUGACUAUGUGGUAUCGUGCAGAUAGUGCUUAUAGUCUUUUAAUGUAAGUACAUAAAAACGAUUCGAAUACGGACAUCGGCUAAUAACUUCAUUAUUAAAUAAAUGUGCAUUAAUGGCUCAG